AGUGAAUGUUCGGAAGAAAAACAACUUGAAACUUCCUUAACUGAACAUUUUAAACAUUUUGAAUGGCAUUUUUCGGGAACUUCCAAGAAUUUACGUGAGACUGCGUUUAUAUGAUCAGCGGGCAUCUCCAAAAGAGUUCAAGCAGACGGCUGACUUUGUGGUGAGAAGAAUAAAGAAACAUUAUAAGGAGUGAGAUCGUUAAUGUAGAUGUUUGGAACGCUACUUUGGCCGUUCAUCCUCUAUCUGGUCGCCAGCUCUUCCAUUCUGGAUCAUAUUUUCCUGUGGCUGUGUCGUUUGAUGCCGGGAGGGAGAAAAUUUGUCACCGUCAAGGCGAGUUGCCCGUCCAGUAUACGAAGUCUUCAGAACGCUGUACGAGGUUAUCGAAACGGAUCGCCCCCAUCUACCAGUGGAAUACAUUCGAUCUCUUCGUUGUUAACGAUCCCUCCACUGUACCACUAUCCUCAUCCUAACUUGCCUGCGUUUACCUCAAUGGGUUUCGAAAUUUUAUUUUUUUGCUAUCUUGUCAGCGCGCUUGUUCUUCAGCAUGUCAACAUCUACAAAACGAAUAUUCACAUGGUUGAUAUCCACCUUAUGUGGUUCAUUGCCAUUUUCCUGAGUCGAAGAGUGGCGUGGAAUGUAAUUGGACAGACACUAGCCUCAGAACUACUAUACACUGUCAAGUGUUUUGUUAACCUCUUCCUGAAGGGCGUGGCUCUUCUAUCACUUGUGUCAAGCUUUGUAUGGUUGUCAUGGAGAAUUAUUCAGCAAAACAGUAUACAAAAUUGCCUUUUUCUCUGCUACCCGUCAGUGAUGUACAUAAUUACGUUUGGCUUCACCCUGGAUCCCCAGGGAAAUAAAGUAAUGCUUAAACUGAGUCCACACCAAGAGCUAGGCCCAUUAUCACAGCUACAGCUACUACAGAGCAGCCUACUGGACGCUAAAGGUGUAAUGGUGAACGGAAAUUCUAAACAGGAACUACCAGCUCCUCAACCAUGUUCACUGCCACCGGAUGCAGUGCGAUACGAAACAGAAUGCCUGAGAACCGAUUUUAAUCUUCGGAUCAAACAGGUUCUCUUUCAGUCACUCAUUUGCGCUUACUAUGUUGGGUUUAUUCCGAUGAAGUUCUCAGAGCAACAUUAUGUGUAUUACGACAUGUGGUGGGCUUGUCAGCACACGCUUUUCGUUUGGCUGAGCUGUUUGCUAAUGUUAAUGAUGUACAUGUUACCGCUGAAUUAUUGUGACGCUUUACAUAAGUGUGCAUUGCAUCUUGGCGGAUGGGAGAGAUAUCCCUGCGGUCACCGCGACACUCCACAUGUAUGGUCAGCAUUAACGGUAUGGCCUCAGGGGGUCCUGGUGCGGCAUGGUAAACUUCUAUACAGAGCGCUCGGUAUUCACAAUGUUGCAAUCCCAGGGGACGCGCAUCAUGGAAGAUUUUUCUUCAUGUUCGAAUCUCCCUUGCGACUCGUCAACUGGAUGGCAGCAGUUCUGUUGUUACUUGUCUUAUAUCAGCUGUUUAUGAUAACAAGGUCCCACUCUUGGCACCAGCUUCUCUCGGUCACUGGGCUCCUGACGUUUAAUUACCUGAUUCUCUACAGGCUCUUCCGAGAUCGCUGGGCACUUCAGGCUGUGGUACGAGAGAGAACAGGAACUUAAGUUCCUAACUAUAGAGCCACUCUUUAUUCAGUGCAAAGUGCGAAAAUGUGAUUAGUUACAACUUAUUGGGCAAGGUGCAAAGGUACAUGCAGAUUUUAUACCACCAGUCGUUUAGGGGUCUUCAUCUACGAUCAAUUUCAAACAGUUAUUAUUCAGAUGAUAUGGGUUGGUUUGACUCGGAAAAUUUACCGUGCAUACUGUUCGGACUCUGUCCUUCUUACUGCGAGGGUUAUUUUUCUUGGUGAUAAAUUUCAAAUUUUGGUCGCCAUUUUGGUGAAGGGUCCCUUCUUUUUAAGAAAACAUAGCAUCUUGGCAUAAGAUAUGUAGGGACGAGCGAAAACUGGGGCUAGCGACGAUAAAGAAUAAGCGGGACUGAGGAGAACGACCUUCUCGUCACUUCUUCCCAAGACCCCGCCGUUGGCUGGCCGGUUUCAGAAUGGCAGCUCAGAAUGAAAAGAGAUACUUACUCUGCAACAUACACAUUAAGGCUUUUUGCGCUAAUAGUAUUGGUUUUGAAGUCGAACCAAACAUGGGAGAGGACUCUUCAUUGUUUCCAGUAGUUCCUUACAAGUAAUCUUUAGAUACCGAUUCCAAAGUUAUUUAUUAUUUAUUUUUUUGCAAUCAAGUAGGGUUAAUGAAAGUUCUUGGCUAGAAAAUAAUUUUUAUUAUUAUUUCUGGAGUUUGCAUAUCUUGAGAACCUUCGUUUUCAAACAGCCCUCCGGAAGAGUUAGCUGACAAAAAGAUGGUAGAGGGAAUAGGAAAAUAUUCUUGUUUUGUGAUCUUCGGUAUUCGCGAGAGACAAUCAACGUAGAGGUGUUUUGAAACCGCCUUAUAGCGACCUGCUUGCCCAAUGUGUUGUAACUGAUCGCAUUUCCGCACUUCCAUUACGUCGAAGUAACUGUAGGACAAGGUAUGUUUUAAUGUGACUGGUAAUUUAUAGAAUAAAAAUGCUUUAAAGGUG